GUUUGUUUACCGUCGGCACGAGGUUUUGUUGACGACGGAUGCGGCUCUUUAUAAUGCUGCUGCCUAAAUUUAAAUAGUUUUUUUGCUUAGGUUUUGAAAAGCAUCUCUGUCAUGUGGGGCAGUUUGAAGUUUAUUCCCUACUUGAUGCAGUAUACAACUUAUAGAAGUUAUAAAUUGUGCUCAUUUCAAAGUUAUCAUUGUAUUGUACAGUGUUUGAAGCAUAAUGAAUUUAACUUCUGCAAACAUGGGUUUAUAAAUUUUCACUCAUCUUUUGUUUUGAAAAAGAAAAGAAAGACAAGAGAGGAAAAGAAAUUCAAGAAUAUUAUUCAAUUUAAGCCGAAGUCGAAACUUCCAGUUGUUCAGUUGUGGAAUGGUGCAACUCCUUUGGAAAUUGCUGAUGUCUUGCAGAGAGACAUAGAUGAUGUUUUUGAAGCUAUAUCAUAUUUAGAAAAUGGGGAAUUAUUUGAUGAUCCAGAUUUAGAAAUAAAUGAUGCAGCAGCAAUUAUGGGAAUAGCAAAACGUUUGGGGUAUAGAGUAGAAUUAGUAAAGAAGCCUGAAGAAAAAAGUGUUAAAAAAGAAAAAGACAAAGACCUUUAUAAAAGGCCUCCUCCAGAACCUUCAGAAUUAGUUAAACGUCCUCCUGUUGUAGCAAUUAUGGGCCAUGUUGAUCAUGGUAAAACAACAUUAUUGGAUUCAUUGCGGCAUUCUUCUAUUGUAUCUCAAGAAUUUGGUGGGAUUACGCAGCAUAUUGGUGCUUUUACCGUCAAAUUACCUCAAGGACAGAUAACUUUUCUUGACACUCCUGGCCAUGCUGCAUUUAAAACUAUGAGAGCUAGAGGAGCCCAUGCUACAGAUUUGGUAAUACUUGUUGUUGCAGCUGAUGAUGGUAUUAUGGAGCAAACAGUCGAAUCUGUUAGAUUUGCUAGAGAAGCAAAUGUUCCUAUCAUUGUUGCAAUCAACAAAAUUGACAAGAACUCCUGUGAUAUUGACGCUGUAAAACAAGGUCUCUUGACAAUUGGUAUACAAGUGGAAGAUUUAGGUGGUGAAAUUCAAGCCGUACCAAUUUCUGCCUUAAAGAAAAUGAAUUUAGAUUUACUGACAGAAGCUGUUUUAACACAAGCUGAAUUGAUGGGCAUUAGUGGAGAUCCUAAAGGUCCAGUUGAAGGUCUUGUGUUAGAAGCCAGUUUAGAUACUAUUAAAGGAAAGGUUUCUACUGCUUUGAUUGAAAGAGGAACAUUAAAAAAGGGAGCUUUUCUUGUUGCUGGAACUUCUUGGGCAAAAGUUCGUGCUAUGUAUGAUGAACAUGGAAAGACGCAAAAUGAGGUUUCACCUGGAAUUCCCACCCAAAUUAUUGGUUGGAAAUCGUUUCCAGCUGCUGGAGACAUAAUUUUAGAAGCAGAAUCUGAGAAACAUGCUCGGGAAGUUGUUAAAUUUCGUGAAAUGAAAAAGAUGGAAGAAAAAAUGCUGUUUGAUAAAAAGAUAAUUGAUAAAAAGUUAGAAAAACAUUUAGAACAAUAUCGAGCAGAAAGACAAGCCCGUUUACUCAAAGGAAGAUACCGCAGGGAAAGAAAAGCCUACAGAGAAAAAGAAAGCAUUAUUGAUACAAGCCCAUGCCUUGCUUUUAUUUUAAAAGGCGACGUACAUGGAUCUGUUGAAGCCAUUUUAGAUGUUGUCAAAACAUAUAAAUCUCAUGAUGCCUGUCGUCUUGAUGUCAUACAAAGUGGAGUUGGUCAUGUUACGGAGAAUGAUAUUGAGAUGGCUGAUGUUUUUGAAGGGGUCAUUUAUGCUUUUAAUGUGAAUGUGCUACCUGAAGCGAAAAAAAUGGCUGAAGAAGCUAAAAUUCCAAUUAAGCAUUUUAAUAUAAUCUACCGUCUCAUAGCGGAUAUGAAAACUGAAAUAAGCAGUAGGUUACCAUUUGUACAAGAGGAAGAUAUAUUAGGAGAAGCAACUGUUUUACAAGAAUUUUUAAUAAAUGAUGGUAAAAAGAAAGUUCCAGUUGCUGGAUCUAAAUGUACAAAAGGCAUAAUUAAAAAGAAUAGUCUGUGCAAAGUAAUUAGAUCUGAAAAAGUCAUAUAUAAUGGAUCGAUAGUCUCUUUAAAGCAUGAAAAGUCAGAUGUGGAAUCCAUAAAGAAAGACGUAGACUGUGGAAUAAUGGUAGAAAAUAAGGACAUUUCAUUUCAACCUGGUGAUACCAUAGUCAGUUAUAAUCCAAAAAGUGUAGCACAAGUAACAGACUGGAAUCCACCUGGAUUUUAAUAAUGUAUAUUUUUAACAACAUUGUAAAUAUAUAAAUUAUUCAACAAUAUUUUUUAAAAUAUAAAUGUCGAUAUAGCA